ACUAUGUUCAUUCAAUCUAUGUUCAUUCUAAAAAGUGUUCCACGUGCUAAUUUUCCGUGUGUCAAGGUGAUAUGAUAUUAAAAGUAUAGAAAAAGAGAGCAAAAUACUUCCCAAAAUCCAUUUGUAUUUAAAAUAAACAAUCUUUGUUGUGAUAUUCGAUGAGUAGGGGAAAAUUUACAACAGGCAAUUCCAUCUCCAGCCUCCUCCUCCUCCUCCUUCUCUUUCAGCAUGGCCCAGGCAUGGGGGCAAACCCAAGGGUAAACCUUUCUAGGAGUCAAGUCCUAGAAAUGUACAGAUGAUCUAACAUGUCCGCAAAAUCACGGAGUUUUGAAUUUUAGGAAUGAAAACAGCAGCUAUUGGCAAGAGUUUCAAACGGGUUAACUAAAGAUUUUGGAGAUACUCCAGCUACUCAAAUUAAAGAAGGGACUUGGAUUUUAUUUCCAUACUCAGGCACAAACGCAAACUGUCGCUUGUCACUUCUGUUGCCAAGACUAGUCCUAACGACGUUUAAGGAGAAGCCCUAACUUGGCACCUUUCGAGUAACGAUGCUUCGAGCGGCAUCUCGAGAAGAAAUUAAUGGCUGAGAGAUCAGCUUGGCGGCGAGGGGACAACAAGAGCAGCCGCUGAAAGGCACCGCGACGCUUCCUUCCAGCCGCCUCUAGCGCGGCCUCCAACGGCAGCCCAGCACCGCUUUUAAAGACGCCAUUUCCCGACGUCCUCGGGCCCUCUCGGGGCCCAGGGGCGCUCAGCCAACUCUCCGUCUCCUCCUUCCACUUCAGCGGAGAGAAGCCGGCCGAGAUCCGUAGAAGGAUCGCGGGAGAGGAGAAGGCUUCCGUGUGUGGCGUUUCUAGGAAUUAGAGGACGGUCCCUGACGCGCCCAAUCCCCGGCCUGAGAGAAAAAAAGAGCGAGCGAACCGUGCCGGCCUGGCCAUGAGUUACCUCAGAGGAGACGCCGGGGCCGUCAGGCCUCUGUUAGACUUAUGCCUUUUUUGCUUAACAAGAAACAUAUCCAGAUAUGCUGCAGAUAUUAAGCCUUUGCCUCCCAACAUCAAAGAUAAACUAAUUAAAUCGUUGAGUGUCCAAGGGUGGAUAACUGAUUCCAAUAUUAAUACGAUUCUUCACCCGGCAGUGGAAGCACUGGAUCUUCGGGACUGUGAUGUUUCAGAUAAUGCCCUCCUACAGCUUUGUAACUGCAAGCAGCUUAAAAAAAUAAACUUAAAUGUUUGGAAAGACAACAGAUCAACCAUCACUUCAGAAGGUGUUGUAGCUCUUGCUUUGUCGUGCCCCUAUUUAUAUGAAGCCUCUUUCAAAAGAUGCAGCAAUCUUACGGACAGUGGAGUCAUUGCUCUUGCCCUAAACUGCCCACUUUUACAAAUAGUGAACAUUGGUGGAUGCUCCAGUAUCACUGAUGCAUCAUUGCAAGCACUUGGGCAGAACUGUAGAUGCUUGCAUAGUGUGGAUUUUUCAUCUACCCAAGUUACUGAUGAUGGUGUAAUAGCACUUGUUAGUGGAGAGUGUUCAAAUAAUUUAAAGGAGAUCCAUAUGGAGCGGUGUGUAAAUUUGACAGAUGUUGCUGUGGAAGCAGUCCUCACUUACUGUCCAAGGAUAUACAUUCUUCUGUUCCAUGGGUGUCCACUGAUAACAGAUCGCUCCCGAGUAGCCCUGGAACAGUUAGUUGGACCGAAGAAAUUUAAGCAAGUUUCAUGGACUGUUUAUUGAUUUUUAGGCUUGUCUCCUUAUUUAAAGUUCUCACCACCGCCUGUUUUUUUUUAAGGAAAGACCCACUUCUAGAAAGUCUUGUUAUCUCAGAAUGUUUUGAGUUCAGUGGUUUUCACCAAUGGGCACAGUUGAUGUUCAUGUUGUCCAAAAGUGGUUCCGUUCAAUGUUCUCUCUUUUGAUGUUAUGAAAGGAACUUUUUGAGUGUUUGCAGAAGAGCAACACAUGAAGGCUGUAACACAUGUGCAAGCUUCAUGACAUUCCAGAUAUUACAUUCUGCUCUUACAGAGGGCCAAAGUGCAAGAAGUGGAGUGAGCUAACCAACAAGAUGGGGGAACAAGUGCUGCAUUGGCAUCUUGGAGUGCCACUUGCUCAGCUCUCACUGGAGGGAACCUUUGAUCGAUUGAGGUAGCAUUUAUAACUGGAACUAGAUGUUCUUCAUGCAGCUUCUCGUGUUUAAAUAAAAGCAUGGCUUAUAUACAAA